AUGACUGUGACUAAUGACUCAUCGCCACCAAAUGGCCCGCGCAAGUCACUUAUCCUCAAUGCCUUCGUUGAAAUGUGCAGCGGCCACCAAUCGCCAGGCUUAUGGCGACACCCCGAGGACGAAUCCCAUCGGUUCAACGAUAUCGACCACUGGAUUGAACUAGCAAAACUCCUCGAGUCGGCUAAAUUCCACGGCAUCUUCAUCGCAGAUGUACUAGGAGGCUAUGAUGUAUACAAAGGUCCUAGGAACCUUGAGCCAGCGAUUAUUUCGGGAGCCCAGUGGCCGGUCAAUGAGCCUUUGGCUGUGGUGCCUGCAAUGGCGGCUGCCACUAAAAAUAUCGGGUUCGGAGUGACGGUCACGACGACUUAUGAGCAGCCGUAUCAUUUGGCUAGACGGCUUUCGACUAUUGAUCAUUUGACUAAGGGGCGUAUUGGCUGGAAUAUCGUCACCGGAUAUCUCGACUCUGCUGCCCGAAACCUCGGUCACACUCAACAGCCACAGCACGACGACCGCUACGCAAUCGCCGAAGAAUACAUCAAAGUAACGUACAAACUCUGGGAGUCAUCCUGGCGAUCCGACGCCGUAGUCCUCGACCGCGAACGCGGAAUCUACACCGACCCAUCCCGAGUCCGAGAAAUCAACCACGUCGGAAAAUACUUCAGCGUCCCAGGCCCACACAUCUGCCAACCCAGUCCACAGCGAACACCCGUUAUUCUACAAGCCGGCACCUCCAAAUCAGGAAAGGCCUUCGCAGCCCAACACGCCGAGGCCAUCUUUGUCGCGGGACAUAGUCCCGUGGUUGUGGCGAAGAAUGUGGCCGAAAUCCGCGAGCUAGCGAAGACGCAGUUCGGGCGCGAUCCGCAGAGUAUCAAGUUUUUGGCUCUUAUUUGUCCAGUCUUGGGUCAUACUGAGGAGGAGGCGCAGGAGAAAUUCAAGUAUUAUCGCAGUCUAGGGUCGAUAGAUGGGGCUUUGGCGCUGUUUGGGGGGUGGACAGGGAUUAAUUUGGAUACGUAUGGCGAUGAUGAGGAGCUAAGGCAUGUGGAGAGUAAUGCUAUUCGUUCUGCUGUCGAGGGAUGGUCAAAGGCCACGCCUGGCGUCGAUAAGUGGACUAAGUCCACCGUUGGACAACAUAUUACCGUGGGCGGCUUAGGGGCAACCCCGGUUGGGACCUCCGAACAAGUAGCCGACGAGAUGGAGCGAUGGGUGCGGGAAGCCGAUGUGGAUGGGUUCAACCUUGCAUACGCCGUAAAGCCCGGUUCGUUCAAGGAUAUCAUCGAGCUUCUGAUUCCGGAACUUCGCCGUCGUGGUCUAUUCUGGGACGACUAUGCUGUCAACCACGGCACAUAUCGGGAGAACCUCUACGGGAAGCCGGGGCAAAGCGGGCCACCAGAUGACCACCCGGCUGCGAAAUACCGCUGGAAUGCGGGUGUUGAUGCAGAGGAACACAAAAUUCCCGAUAAUUGA